AAAGCAACCAAAUCUUUCCUUCUUUGAUUAAAAAAAAACAAGAAAAUGUCUGGUUUCAUUUCGUUGGUAACAGGUUGGCCUGGUCCGAGCGGCUUCGGUUCAGGUUCUACUGCUGAAGAGGUUACUCAAGGCAUCGAUGGAACCAACCUCAUUGCUAUAAUAACAGGUGGAGCAAGUGGAAUUGGGUUGGAGACUUCAAGAGUAUUGGCUCUUCGAGGUGUUCAUGUAAUCAUCGGCGCGAGGAACUUGAAAGCUGCUAAUGAAGCCAAAAAGAUCAUUCUUGCAGAAACCGCAACCGCACGUGUUGAUGUCUUGGAGCUCAAUCUUUGCUCCAUUAAAUCCAUCAGAGCAUUUGCAGACAAUUUCAUGGCUCUUAAUAUUCCUCUCAAUAUCUUGAUAAACAAUGCUGGGAUCAUGUUCUGUCCCUUUCAUCUUUCUCAAGACGGAAUAGAAGCUCAGUUUGCAACUAAUCAUAUUGGGCAUUUCCUCUUAACAGAGCUUCUUUUAGACAAAAUGAAGAACACAGUGAAAGCUAGUGGUAUUCAAGGAAGGAUUGUGAACUUAUCAUCAAUAGCCCACACCCAUUGCUAUAAAAAUGGGAUCCAAUUUGAUCAGAUCAAUUCUAAACAAGGUUACAAUGACAAAAGAGCAUAUGGACAGUCCAAAUUAGCAAAUAUAUUGCAUGCCAAUGAACUCUCUCGUCGAUUGCAGGAGGAAGGUGUGAACAUCACAGUAAAUUCGGUUCAUCCAGGAUUGAUAAUGACGCCUCUGUUUAAGCACACUGCCAUUCUAAUGAAUAAUGAUUUUCACAUUACAAAUUCCGUUCGUAAACCCUGUUUUCCUUUUCACCCUUUAUUUCCUAAUCUGCAUGUUUUUGUUGCAGGGUUUUUCAAGUUCUUCAGUUUCUUCCUAUGGAAGAAUGUCCCACAGGGUGCAGCUACGACAUGCUACGUGGCCCUUCACCCGCGGCUGAAGGGAGUCACCGGGAAAUACUUUAUAGACUGCAAUGAGAUGACACCAAGUUCAUAUGCUAGAGACGAGGCUUUGGCAAGGGAAUUAUGGGAUUUCAGCCACAAACUGAUUAAUUCAGUUUCAAAAUGAAAAU